AUGCCGAGCCUCGCUGGGUUCCUGCGGGUGCGGGCGGCGCCGGUGCGGAGCGGCGGGGCUAUGCCCGGGAAGGGAAAAGCAGCCGCCAAGGGCCCCGCCGAGCCGGGCGCCGCCGCGGGACCGGUGGCGGCGGCGGGCGGCGGCUCCGUGAGGGUGGCGGUGCGCGCCAAGCCCGGUGCCCGCUGCAGCGCCGUCACAGAUGUGACGGCUGAGGCAGUAGGUGUAGCUAUUGCUGCACCUCCGUCGGAAGGGGAGGCAAAUGCAGAGCUGUGCCGCUACCUCGCUAAGGUGCUUGAAGUGAAGAAGAGUGACGUUGUUUUAGAGAAGGGGGGUAAAUCACGGGACAAAGUGCUGAAGAUUUCGGUAUCAGCGACACCAGAUGAGAUUUUAGAAAAACUGAAAAAAGAAGCUUCCAGCUGACCUAAAACAAGAGCAGGAAAUAGGAAAAAGCAUCCUGGUACAUGGACUGAUAUUCUUUCUUACUUGAUGCAAUGCUGUUGAGAGUGUGGGUAAUAACUACAGGAAGAUACUUCUUUCCCCUCCCCUUGUUAAUAUAGGUGCUGUACAGUUGAAGGUUUUCUGUAGGUUUGGUUAGAAAACUG